ACCCUUUUUUUUGUGUGAAAGUGCAGAACUUGCUAAAUGUAAUUCCUGGCAGCCAGGGGCCUUUUACAUUAUAACCGACUCGCUUGCAUAACUAACCUAUUUCACAAAGACUGAAGAUGAGCAUUUAAACAACAGGAGAACGAAUCCUCCAAGAUAAAUCAGUUUUUUUACAAAACCGGGUAUGGAAGUAGGUGCCGGAAACCGUUUUGUGUCAAGAACUGCUCAACAGUUUCCCAUGUGUAUCAAGAAUGGUCCACCACACAAAAGACAUCCAACCAACUUGACACAACUGUGGGAAGCAUUGGAGUCAACAAGGGCCAGCAUCCCUGUGGAAUGCUUUCGACACCUUGUAGAGUCCACGCUCCGAUGAAUUUAGGCACAUCUGAGAGCAAAAGGGGGGAGUGCCACUCAAUAUUCGAAAGGUGUUCCUAAGAUGGAGAGACUCUUUCUUGUGCAUGUUCUGUUUACAAUGUGCUGGGCUGUGCCUCAAGACCUCUCAGGUAAAAUGUUCACAUUUCCAAAGGAGUCUGUCUCUGAUCAUGUGGGGCUAAUACCAAAGGGAGAAAACUAUCCUUCUGUGACAGUAUGUCUCAGGUAUUUCACAGAUGUCAAGAGGGCGUUUUCCAUCUUUUCCAUGGCAACUCCGACAAGCACCAAUGACUUUCUGUUGUUCAAAGAGUCCAAUGGUGACAUGGAGCUACAUGUUAGAUAUGUGGGAAGUACAUUCGCAGGGCUACCAGAUGAGCAGAACAUGUGGAUGGCUCUGUGUGGGAGCUGGGACUCAGUCACCGGACUCAGUCAGGUUUGGAUCAAUGGGAAGCCAAGUGCAAGGAAGAUGGGACACACUGCUAGGAGUGUGCUGAAUGGAAAACCCAUCAUAAUCCUAGGUCAGGACCAGGAUUCUUAUGGUGGAAAUUUUGAUAAAGGACAAUCGUUUAUUGGUCAACUCACUGAUGUACACAUGUGGAAUUAUGUUCUGUCACCUUGUGAGAUCCAGCGCUUCACAAGCGACUUAAAUUUCACCCCUGGGAAUGUACUUAACUGGAGGUCCCUUGAAUACACGAUUAAUGGGCAUGUUGUUCUAGAAAACAAGCAAACACCCUGCCAAGAAUGAGCAGUGUCAACCAAUCAUUCAGCGUGUUGGGAAAUGUUGACUAUAAUCAAACAUCUGAAUAUGCUUGUGUGUCUAUUCACAACUAUCCUGCAAAUCAUCAUAAAAAGUGUUUUUCUAAUCAAAUCAAGAAACACAUUAUAUUCUUUCCUAAAGCAAUAUCUUCCAAUGAAUCUAAUAAAAUUACACUCUUUAUAGUAAAUUGUGUAUUUCAGUGCAGGCUCAUUGCAAGCCCAGUCUGGGGACAGAGGGGAUGGCAACAUGGUUGGGAACGGUGUGAUACAUUUUUAAAAGUUGGCACCCGGGUUAAAGGUCGAAUUCAGACGUUUUUAAAGGGCAAUUUCUCACGGCAAGAAUUUUGCUUGGACUGUCUGGGUGUGGUCUGAGUGGGGAGGGGGAAACUGAAAAGUAGCUUUUAUUGGCAGAGAGGUUUGGAACUUUCUUAUUGGUCUAUAGACUAAUUUACUGCCAAAUUAGUCGGGCAUGGUGACAUCACCAUGCAAGGUCAAAACUCCACCCCACCAAAACAGCCUGAAAUUUCAAGCAGUUAGUUCAAACAGCUCUUACACUAAAAGGGCAUUAUCAUCAUUCUCACUAUUCCACAGUAUUAUUCCGACUUCAUAGUGUGGAAAUAUAUAUAAAACACAGAAAAAUCCUGUUUUUAUUUGGGUAAGCAAACAUACUUAAUCCACAUGUUUAAGGACAAAGUUAACCAAAUCAGUUUUUCAAAGAUAAACCCACCAAAAUACAGUUUUGUUUAUUUACAAAACAUUAAAAUCAUGUAAACUUAAAAGGUUCAGUAAUUGAUUUACACUUCAGUCUGAAUGAGCUCUGUUAUUUCCUGGGUUGUCUAGCAACAUGCAAACACUUACGCAAACACUUCAAAUAAAUUGAAAUUGUAUCCCA